CCCAGGUUGUUCCGUCCCGUCAACAAACUCGACAACACAAACAACACAGCGGCAAAUCGUCGGCAUUUUGCAUUUAAACCGGAAAAUUGGACAAUUUUUUUUAGUUAUACUUGAAAAAAGUUCAAUUUGUGUUAAAUAAUCGUGAGAAUAAUCGCGUAAAAAGAUUUUAAUUCAGCUGCAUUGCCUAAAAAUUUCUUGACCACUUAACCAAAACCAUUCGAAAAUGACUCGUGGAUCCAGGCGCUCUAGGAGCAAAAGUGUCUCUCCGGAGAAGAAAAAAUCAAAACGUUCUAGAAGUCGCAGCAAAGACCGGGAAAAGCCCUCUCGUAGUAAUCGCCACCGCAGAAGUCGUUCCAGAGACAGAGAAGAAAGACACCGGCAUGACAGAAAGGAUGGCAAACGUGAGAGGUCAUCUAGGUCCAAAAGAUCAAGAUCAAGAGAUAGAAACAGAUCCAGAUCAAGAGGGAGGGAUUAUAGAGACAGGGACAGGGAUAGAGAACCAAAGCCUGAGGCUAAAGAACCUGUUGUUGAUCCUCUAGUUUCAAAGGAAGAGGAACAAAAAAGACUUGAUUUGGAGAUGAUGAAGAGAAGAGAGCGAAUUGAAAAAUGGAGAGCGGAAAGAAAAAAGAAGGAAUUGGAAGAUGCCAAGUCAGAAAUUUCAAAAUCAAAUUUGGUGUUGCCAUCCAAAGCUUGGACACUUGAAGAUGACAGUGAUGAAGAGGAAGACAAGAACAAAGUAAAACAAGAAGGGGAAGAAGAUGGUGAAGAGGCCGAGGCGGAGAAGAAAAAUGGUGUCGCUGAAGUUCAACCUGAAGCAGAAGAAGUAAAAAUGGAAGUAGCACCGGAAAUAAAGGAAGAGGAGGAAGAGGACGAUGUAGACCCUCUGGAUGCAUACAUGAUGACCGUCCAGGAGGAGGUGUGUAAAAUAAACAAAGUAGGUAAAGUGCAGGACACUAAGGAGAAACAAAACUCAGCACAAUCGGGCGUAGUCAUCAUGACAGGAACGGCUAAAAAGAAAGACAGCAGCAAGAGUAAGGGUGAGCUCAUCGAGCAGAACCAGGAUGGUUUAGAGUAUUCUUCAGAAGAAGAGUCUGAAAACCUGCAAGAGACUGCGGCUGGACUGGCAGUAAAGCAAAAGAAAGAGUUGGCCAAGGUAGACCACUCGAAAGAGACGUACAAGCCAUUCAGGAAAAAUUUUUACGUCGAAGUUCCUGAGAUAAGUAAGAUGACACAAGAAGAAGUAGAUGCUUACAAGGAGGAACUGGAGGGAAUUCGCGUCAAAGGCAAAGGAUGUCCUAGGCCAAUUAAAACUUGGGCUCAAUGUGGUGUCAGUAAGAAGGUCCUUGAUGUCCUCAAGAAGCAGAACUUCGAAAAGCCAACUCCGAUCCAAACUCAAGCCAUUCCUGCUGUCAUGUCUGGAAGGGAUUUGAUUGGCAUUGCCAAAACUGGCAGUGGAAAAACCAUUGCAUUUUUGCUACCUAUGUUCCGGCAUAUUCUUGAUCAACCUCCCUUGGAAGAUAAUGAUGGUCCCAUAGCAAUAAUUAUGACGCCAACUAGGGAGUUGUGCAUGCAGAUCGGAAAGGACAUAAAGAAAUUCAGCAAGUAUCUGGCACUGCGCGCUGUUUGUGUUUACGGUGGAACAGGUAUUUCGGAGCAGAUCGCCGAGUUGAAAAGAGGUGCAGAGGUCAUUGUUUGCACGCCAGGAAGAAUGAUCGACAUGCUGGCAGCUAACAAUGGACGCGUUACUAAUUUGCGGCGUGUGACGUAUAUUGUGUUGGACGAGGCUGACCGCAUGUUCGACAUGGGAUUUGAGCCGCAGGUGAUGCGAAUCAUGGACAACGUCCGGCCUGACAGACAGACUGUCAUGUUCAGUGCCACUUUCCCCAGGCAAAUGGAAGCCUUGGCUCGGCGUAUCCUCAACAAGCCUAUUGAGGUGCAGGUUGGCGGUCGCAGUGUUGUUUGCAAGGAGGUCGAGCAAAACGUUGUGGUGCUGGAAGAGGAACAGAAAUUCCUAAAACUUUUAGAACUGCUAGGACUGUACCAAAACAGGGGAAGCACCAUUGUGUUCGUCGACAAGCAGGAGAAUGCGGACAUUUUGCUGAAGGACCUCAUGAAGGCUGGUUACAACUGUAUGUCUUUGCAUGGAGGAAUUGACCAGUUCGACAGAGACAGCACCAUUGUGGACUUCAAAUCGGGAAAAGUCAAACUGAUGAUUGCUACCUCCGUUGCUGCCAGAGGUCUUGAUGUGAAGCAGCUGAUUCUUGUUGUCAACUACGACUGCCCAAACCACUAUGAAGAUUAUGUUCACCGAUGUGGACGUACUGGAAGAGCUGGCAAAACUGGCUUUGCCUACACCUUUAUUACCCCGGAGCAAGAGCGAUACUCUGGUGAAAUCGUUAAAGCUUUUGAACAGUCUGGGGUAGCCGUUCCCGAGCCAUUGCAGACUUUGUUUGACCGUUACAAAGCCAAAGCCGCAGCUGAAGGCAAGAAGGUGCACAGUGGAGGAGGUUUUAGCGGGAAAGGCUUCAAAUUCGAUGACAAUGAGGCGCAGGCAGUCAAUGAAAGGAAGAAACUGCAAAAAGCUGCUCUUGGUCUCCAAGAUUCAGAUGACGAAGAUGUGCUUAAUGAUAUUGAUCAGCAAAUAGAAACAAUGUUGGCGCCGAAGAGAACCAUUAAGGAAAUCAAAGCACCGGUUUUAGGAGGCAUUGCAUUAAACAUAGCAAACCCCACAAUGGCAGCCGUGGCUGCCAGUGCCGCAGCAACGGCUGACAAACUUGAAUUGGCCAGAAGGUUAGCCUCGAGAAUAAACAUCGCCAAGAAUUUGGGAGCGGAACAUAAGGUCGCCUCUCAAAUGACUGCCGAGGCUAUAAUGAAGGGAAGCAGUGGACUGCAUCCUCUCAUUACUGCUAAAACUGUGGCUGAGCAGUUGGCUGCCAAGCUGAACACUAAACUAAACUACCAACCGAAGGAAGAUGAGGAGAAAAUUGAUGAAUUUGGAGACCAAGAAAUAUUCCGCAAGUACGAGGAAGAGCUUGAAAUCAAUGAUUUUCCUCAGCAGGCUAGAUGGAGAGUCACUUCAAAGGAAGCGUUGGCUCAGAUCAGCGAGUACUCGGAAGCAGGUAUCACAGUUCGAGGAACGUUUACACCACAAGGAAAACCGCCACCUGAAGGCGAAAGAAAGUUGUACCUGGCCAUUGAGAGUACUAGCGAGUUGGCUGUCUCUAAAGCCAAAGCUGAGAUCACUAGGCUUAUAAAAGAAGAACUCAUCAAACUGCAAAGCACAUCUCACCAGCUCGUCAACAAGUCUCGCUACAAAGUUUUGUAAGAACUUCAAUUUUGAAAUCUUUAGAGGUAAUUGCAUUUUGAUUUACAAGGAAACAUUAAAGAGAAUUGUAAAUAUUAUUUCAGACACAAUUUUUAUU